UUCGGUUUUCAAACAUGAAAGCUAACUUUACCUCGCCAUCCUCGCUGUAGCUUAUGAAGUUAGGUGUUUCUGUUAGCUAGUUACGACAUUACAAACUGUUUAUUAGCUAGCUAGCUAUACCAGCUAUCACACAAUUUGUCAAACACAAUGGACUUGAAUGUCUGCUUAAAUGUGACGUUAUUGCUCGCUGACGCCUAUUUUGUAAACAUGGCUUUUUGUAUUAAUUCGAAGCGAUUAAAAACGGGAAGCCUUCUGCUGACUACCUGUGAGGUGUGAACACAUCUGCCAUUUCCCACACCACCAUGUCCUCGGAGAGCACCUUGGAUGAUGAGGACACCUUCAAGAUCCUCAUCGCUACAGAUAUUCACCUGGGCUUCCUCGAGAAGGAUGCUAUCCGUGGCAGCGACACCUUUAACACGCUCGAUGAGAUCAUGAAAUGUGCCAAGACUAAUCAGGUAGAUUUCAUCCUGCUGGGUGGCGAUUUGUUCCACGACAACAAGCCGUCACGCCGGUGCCUUCACAGCUGCAUCACUAUGCUGAGAAAAUACUGCAUGGGAGACACGCCCGUAACGUUCAACCUUCUCAGUGAUCAGACUGUCAACUUCAACACCACCCAGUUCCCGUGGGUUAACUAUCAGGAUGAAAACUUGAACAUCUCUAUUCCUGUAUUCAGUAUUCAUGGUAACCAUGAUGACCCAACUGGGGCUGAAGGUUUGUGUGCAAUAGAUCUGCUGAGUGCUUCUGGACUUGUCAAUCACUUUGGACACUCUCAUUCAGUGGAGAGGAUAGAGAUUAGUCCCGUACUCAUGCAGAAAGGCAACACCAAGCUAGCCUUAUAUGGUCUUGGCUCUAUACCAGAUGAGCGCUUGCACAGGAUGUUUGUCAACAAUCAGGUAACGAUGCUUCGCCCCAAAGAAGACCAAGAUGAGUGGUUUAACCUCUUUGCCAUCCAUCAGAACAGGAGUAAGCAUGGACCCACUAACUACAUCCCUGAACAGUUCCUGGAUGACUUCAUUGACUUGGUGGUGUGGGGUCAUGAGCACGAGUGUUUGAUAACACCAACCAGAAAUGAACAGCAGCUCUUCUACGUGACGCAGCCUGGCAGCUCUGUAGCCACCUCCCUGUCCCCUGGAGAGGCUGCCAAGAAGCAUGUAGGGCUUCUGAGGGUGAAAGGUCGCAGGAUGAACCUGGAAAAGAUCCCCUUAAAGACGGUGCGUCAGUUCUUCAUCGAGGAUGUGGUGUUGGAAGACCACCAAGACCUCUUCACACCUGAUACACCACAGGUCACAAAGAAAGUGGAGAACUUCUGCUAUGCAAAGGUGACACAGAUGAUAGAAGAAGCUGAAAGAGAAAGACUCGGAUGUCCGCUCACCCCAGAGAAGCCACUUAUCCGACUGCGGGUGGACUACAGUGGAGGCUUUGAUACGUUCAACACCGCUCGCUUCAGCCAGAAGUUUGUGGAGUGCGUGGCCAACCCAAAAGACAUCAUUCACUUUGUCAGACGUCGUGAGAAAAAGGAGGACAUCAAAGAUGAGGUCAAUGUUGACUACAGCAAAGUGAUAAGAAACACAGCAGUUGAGGGGCUAAGAGUGGAGGACCUGGUUAAAAAGUACUUUGAGGCCGCCGAAAAGACAGUGCAGCUGUCACUUCUGACCGAGAACGGCAUGGGGAAGGCCAUUCAGGAGUACGUAGACAAAGAUGAAAAAGAUGCCAUUGAGGAGCUGAUCACCUACCAGUUAGAGAAGACACAGCGCCACCUCCAGGCCAGAGCAGUAACCACAGAGAAGGAUAUAGACACAGAGAUCCAGCGACUCAGAGACUCAAAAAAAGACACGACUGAGGAGGAGAACGAAAUCAAAGAAGCUAUGGACAGAGCCAAAGCGCACCGUCUGGAGCGCGGCGAUGACUCUGGAGAUCUGGAUAUAUCUGACGAUCUUGCUGAUAUCGCUAUGGACUCUGAUGAAGCAUUAUUGCCACCCCCCACACGAGGCAGAGGGCGAGGAGGUAGAGGGCGGGGCAGCCGGGGAAGAGGGAGAGGUGCUGCUGCCUCCGAAUCAAAGCCAGCCAGUCGGGGCCGCUCCCAAAAAUCUUCAACAGCAACCCAAAGCAGGAGCAUUAUGCAAGCAUUUCAGGCUCCGUCCCAGAGACCUUCUCGGACCGGAGCCGCCAUAUCUUACAGGGCAGAUGACCUGAACAUUGAUGACUCAGAUGAAGAUAUACCUGCAAGGAAAUAUACCCGACCCCCUCCAAAAGCAGCUUCGUCGUCAUCAUCCUUCACUAAGUCCAGCUCUCAGAGCCAGAGCAAUUCGUCGAAGGGAAUCGCAUUUGAUGACAGCGAUGAUAGUGAUGAGGAUAAUCCAUUCAAAGGCCCCAGCCGUCGUUAAAGGAGUUAACUAUGCAUCUAUUGUGUAAAACUUGAUUUCCAAUAAAGAAUAAAAAUACAUCCAGCCAGUGAGAUGCUGCUGUGCUGUUUUGAAGGACCUUAAAAUCCUUGUUUCAUUUUUUUCAGCACUCAGUCUUCUUCAUGUUGUCAGUAGAUCAUUAAAAUCGAUCAGCUUCUAUUGCUUAAAAAUCAGUUGGUUUUGCUGAAACGCUGGGCUAAAGGCUUCAAUGGAAUAACGUGGAGGUGGCAGUUUUCAUAACCUCGUCAGUUGGCCACCACCUGGUAGAGUUCAUCUGAUGCUGUACAUCGAGAUUAAUCCGUGUUUUGUUAUCGGCUUUUGUAGUUCUCUGAUAUUCAGGAAAUAAUAAAUGUUUUUUUUUCAUAUUCAUA